CUCCCAGAAUGCCAUUGGUUGAACUGUAGCAAACUCGAGUAAACGGGACCGGUCGUUGUGUCAGAAACAUGGCGACUUUCAGUAAAUAUCUGACAGCGAAAAACUCCUCAAUAGCAGGCGGUAUUUUGCUGGUUUUGUACCUGCUGAAACAGAGAAGACGGACGGGGAAACGGGACGGUAGAAAAGAAGGCUCCAAUCUAGUGUUGAACAAUGAGAAAGAUGGCAAAAAAGACCGUGCAGCGGUGGACAAGGUUUUCUUCCUCCGAGUCUUCCGGAUUGUGCGGAUCAUGGUACCUCGACUUUUCUGCAAGGAGACUGGUUACCUUAUCCUUAUCGCUGCCAUGUUGGUGGCCAGGACCUACUGUGAUGUAUGGAUGAUCCAGAACGGCACCAUGAUUGAAAGCGGUAUUAUAGGCAGAGACAUCAAUCUAUUCAAGAAGCACUUUUAUUCCUACAUAUCAGUCAUACCGGGGAUAGCCUUGGUGAACAACUUCCUGAAGUUGGGUCUGUACGAGUUGAAGCUGAGGUUCCGGGAGAGGCUCACUAAGCACUUGUACGACCAGUACCUGGAGGGUUUCACCUACUACAAAAUGGGAAACCUGGACAACCGGAUAGCCAAUGCAGACCAGCUACUGACACAGGAUGUGGAGAAAUUCUGCAACAGCGUGGUGGACCUUUACUCGAACCUCAGCAAGCCUCUGUUGGAUAUCGGUCUUUACAUCUUCAAGCUGACAAGUGCCAUUGGUGCUCAGGGCCCAGCCAUCAUGAUGACCUACCUGCUGGUCUCAGGACUGUUCCUGACCAGACUGAGAAGGCCCAUAGGCAAGAUGACCGUCACCGAGCAGCGGUACGAGGGAGAGUACCGCUACGUCAACUCUCGCCUCAUCACCAAUAGUGAAGAGAUUGCCUUCUACAAUGGGAACAUGAGGGAAAAACAGACCAUUCACAGCACCUUCAAGAAGCUGGUGGACCACUUGCAUAACUUCAUCUUCUUCCGCUUCUCCAUGGGAUUUGUGGACAGCAUAAUUGCCAAGUACCUGGCCACUGUAGUAGGCUACCUGGUGGUCAGCCGGCCAUUCCUAAGCGCGUCACACCCCCGACACCUGAACAGCACACACUCUGAGCUGCUGGAGGACUACUACCAGAGUGGGAGGAUGCUCCUGAGAAUGUCCCAGGCCCUGGGCAGGAUUGUACUGGCUGGCCGAGAGAUGACCCGCCUCUCAGGAUUCACAUCUCGUAUCACUGAACUGAUGAAAGUCCUGAAGGAGCUGAACGCUGGCAAAUAUGAACGUACCAUGGUCUCCCAGGAGAAGGAAUCAGACAGUGCAGAGAAACUCAUACUGGUGCCUGGAAGUGGUCGAGUUACCAACAGAGAUAACAUCAUCAAGUUUGACCAUACCCCACUAGCAACACCCAACGGAGACAUUUUGAUCAGAGAUCUCACAUUUGAGGUGAGGUCUGGCACCAAUGUUCUUGUGUGUGGACCAAACGGCUGUGGAAAGAGCUCUCUGUUCAGAGUGCUCGGUGAGCUGUGGCCUCUGUUUGGAGGACACCUGACAAAACCGGAGAGAGGCAAACUCUUCUAUGUUCCACAGAGGCCCUACAUGACUCUGGGUUCUCUGAGGGACCAAGUCAUUUACCCUGACACCUAUGAAGAUCAGAGGAGGAAAGGCAUCUCUGAUCAGGUGUUGAAGGAGUACCUGGACAACGUUCAGCUGGGCCACAUCCUGGAGAGGGAGGGCAACUGGGACACAGUCCAGGACUGGAUGGAUGUCCUCAGUGGAGGAGAGAAGCAGAGGAUGGCUAUGGCCAGACUCUUCUACCACAAGCCCCAGUUUGCCAUUCUGGAUGAGUGCACCAGUGCAGUGAGUGUCGAUGUGGAGGAUUUCAUCUACAGCCACUGCAGGACGGUGGGAAUCUCCUUGUUCACAGUGUCCCAUAGAAAGUCUCUGUGGAAGCACCACGAGUUUUACCUCCACAUGGACGGUAGAGGGAACUACGAGUUCAAGCCCAUCACAGAGGAAACGGUGGAGUUUGGCUCGUAACUGAUUGCCGAUGUCAGUCACCAAUGCACUGCUCUGAUAAAAACCAGUCCACUAAUUCUUUGCACUCAAGACAGAAGUUAUAGCUAAAACUAGAACAUCAUGUUUUUAAUCAUUUGUCUCCGUUAUCACUUUGUUUCCUCAAUGUUUUCCGUUAUUUAAAUCACCACUUUAGUCCUGUCUAAUCAUGUAUUUGUUCAGUGCGAUUGUAAAAAGAAAGAAAAAACUUUUUUGUAAUUUAUAUUGCCAACUUCUAGGUUGUUUUACACAUGCAAGACAUGUUUGAGUGAAGGUAGAAAUAUACCAUACUGUUUUUAUCAUCUCUUACAACAGUGACCGAGGUUAGCCUGUAGAGAUAAGCUAGGACCCACAGUCAUCUGUGGGGCAGCGUGUCCUACUGUAAACUGUCCUGACCAGAAUCAUACGGAGGGUUGUAUGCUCCUGGCUGUCCUGUAGCUCAACUCUCCACAGCUGACAGAAGCUAAGAGCGGUGGAGGCCCGUUCUCUUCUUAUCUUAAAAUAACAAUGUGAGUUUUGGCUUUUUUUUUUUUUUCUGUUUUUAAUUUUUUUUUUUUUUUAAUUAUUCCAAUUUCCAAUUUAAAUAUAAUUUAUUUCCAAGGAAACUGUUAAUCAUCUUGUCACCUCCAAGUAUCAAACUAUUAUCAUACGAUUAAAACCAGGGCUUUACAUUGACACACGCAAACCCACCAAAUGCGGGGUACAAAUUAACUUUGGCAGGUAACAUUGUGAAGUUACUAGCCAUUUUGGCUGGUGAUGAAUGAAAGGAACCUGCGUCUGUUUGAAUCGGCCAGCUAUUUUCUGAGUUUUCCGCCAAGAAAUUUGGGCGGCUUUGUGUGUCUUUUGCUUGGAAAAUCUUUAUCUGGCAACACUGCUUGUAAAACUAAUCCUACAUUUCCCAUGAACACCAUGUCGUGACGUGUCAAUAAACCUUUGGCAACGUG